AUGUCUUCUUUUAUGAAUGUAUAGAAAACAAUAAAUUAAGAAAAAAAUGUGGCUUUAUCUAAGUAAAUUUAUAAGAAAAAGCGUAAAAAUCAAUACACUGUAGAAUUUAAGUUUGGCAGUAACAUAGAUGUUACUUAACUUAAAGAAAUUAUAGUUAUAAAUUAAAAUAUACCUCAAUGCAUUCCUCAAAAUAUCAUCUUCAGAUUGAAUUCUAAUAUAUAAUUCCCUAAGAUUGUUGAAUCUCAAUAUUAGUUAGGAUUUUUGAACAUUGAUCCCCAUUCUUAUAAUUACAAAGUAGCUAGGUACGACAAAUACAAUAGCUAUCAUAUUUUUAAUUUAGAACCAAUUCAAAGACCAUACACAUCUUUUGAAAUAAUUAAGGAAGCUUUGAUAAAGGAGGAAGCCGAUUUGUUUGAGGGCUUUGAAUAAUUUCAUUAAAAAAAUACUGACAUCUCUAAAUACAACAUCGUAACUGAAGCAAAACUUAUUGAGUUUGAACACACCAUCUAAGGCCCAUUUACAUUAUACAUCUAACAAAAUAAAAAUGGAAUCAUUGCUACAUCAGCUAGGGUCAUGAAUGAUGCCUAUCUCUAAAUGAUAGGAGUCAAUGAAGAAAUAAUUAAGGAUUAUGUAUUUUAGACAGGAAUGCUCCCUUAAUCCUUUGCUGGAGACGGGAAUUCUAGAUGGAGUCAAACUGUAGCUCAAAUUUUUAAAUGCAAUGCUGCCAUGAUGUUUGGACAAUUGAUACUCGUGAAUUAUUAAGGGCAAAGGUUUCCUGUUCUUAUGAAAUCCAAAAACUUUUAUUUAUUCAACGAGGAUGACAACUCUUACACAGAAUACCUUUAUUAUUUUUAUGAAGUUGACCAGAGGUGGGUAAAUAUGAAGCAGAUAGAAGAAAAUAGCUUAGAUUAUUUCAAUAGGAAGUCAGUAAAUAGCAACGAAGACACAGAUGAGGUUGAGUAUUAAAAGAGAUGUGGAUUUAGAAAAUUAUGA